CUGAGUCCCUCUGAAUAGUGUUAGCAGUUGCACGCAACAGCAGCUUCUUCUCCCUGGAAGUGCUGGAGCUGACCCACAAAGGACUUCUACAUAACAAGGAACAAUGCCCAGAUCAAGGAAUCCCAGCCAAGGGAUGCCCCGGGACAGCAGCGACUCCUGUGGUCUGAGCCCGGUGGAGACCCCGAAGGGAAAAAAGAGAGCCCGAUCCUUGGACCGGCAGGUUCCCAGGAAGAAGGACCCCGAGUCCUCGAACACCAGGUGCCCCUCCAGCGCCACCUGCAGGAGGACAGCCAGCGAUGGAGCCAGAAGUUCUGAGAGCCCAUCUCACUUUGCAGAGGCACAGGGCGCAACCGCCGCAGCCCUCCCUCCGGGAGAGGGGCGCGGAUUUCUCCCCAGUGAGCAGGGCCCCCCAGAAGACACCAAGAAAGAGAGGCUUCCGAGGGAGGCCCAGCAGAGCUGGCUGAGGCUGGUGCUGAAUAUCUUACUCAUGAGGAUAGAAGAGCCCAGAGAAAAGGCCAGCAGGGCGUCAAAGGGAAAAGGGGACCUACCAGAGGCAGCCGAGGAGCCAGCCCUCAGGAAGAAAUCGCACGAGAAGAGAACCAGCCGCAAGAAGCACAGUCACAGGAAACCUAUAGCAGAAGAGCCUCCGGGUCCCCAGACCGCUGAAGCGCAAGGCCGAGAGGACGUACCGCCCAGUUUGGCUGCCUCAAGCGCCCCCCAUGAGAUAGCCCUGGGGCUGAUCUGCAGGGGGGGACCAGAUUCUGACCUUCCUCAGGCCUUGCCCACUGAAGGAGACCAUGCUGAAACCCCAGACAGCUUUGGCCAAGCCUCAGGUCCUCCAUUAGAAGAGGACCCCAGGAAGCCUGACCAGGAUGAUGUCAUCUGGCAGAUUGUGGAAUUGCUCAAGAAAGCUGGAGACCAACUGGAAGAAGAGGUGAGGAGGCGCAGGCAUCAGAGAGCGCCUGCAGAGCUGCUGCAGCUCCCGCAAGUGCAAAUCCCUCAGCCAGAAGCGGUUCCUCCACGAAAGCCAACGCCACUCCCCAGGAAGAAAUCCCAGGAGAAGAAGUCCAGCCUGAAGAGAGUCUUAUCCCUCAAGAAGCCUGCCUCUGAGGAACCCAAGAGAGUCGGCACAGCCACUACCCUGGGCCCAGAAACCCGGCCCAAGAGGCCCAGCUUCCUACCCCUGUGUGUUAGUAGCCAGCGAGCUUCCACCUCCAGCAGCCUUGACUUGGAGGCGCCUGAGUUCCAAGAGGUCCCGUCUGUAGAUGGUGGAGGCUCCCAUCCCUCUGAGCUCCACACACCAGCUGCCAUAUUUCAGGGACCCGAGGAGAAGCCACUGCUGGACAGAGCCUCCGAAUCCAGAGAAUUCAGGCGGAAGAUCCUGGUCCUGCUCCAGAGUGCAGAGGACGAGAGGGGAGAGCAGGAAGCUCAAGCGCAGGAGGCAGAGAAGGCCGGAGAAAACCCGACCCCAGCCGGCAAGGUGAAGUCCCAGGUGAAGAAGUCUAACCUCCGGAGAGCCUUUUCUCUCAGGAAACACAGCUCCAAGGAUUCUAAGAAAACAGAGGCUUCAGGGACUCCAGGCUCUGGCAGCCUAGAGGCCCGGCCACCCAAGAAGCACGGCUUCCUGCCCAUGUGUGUCAGUGGCCACAGAGCUUCCAUCUCCAGCAGCCCAGAAAGCCUGGAGUUCCAGAAGACGGAGGCUGCAGGAGGGGCACCAGCUGGGUCCCCAGGAGCGCCUUUCCAGGCCAGGAGUCACACACCAGAUGAGGGGCCUUCACCAGAGCGAGCCUGGGAAUCUAAGGAGUUCAUGAUCCAAAAGCUCGUGGCGAGUCUCCAAGAGGUGGACAGGGAUCUAGGGAGGCAGAUCCGGAAGUACCCCAGCUUCAAGCGUUUUUUUAACGAGUUCUCGGAUGCCUCCCUCAGGAAGCUGGUGGCUACCUUAGAGAGACAGAAGGCCAGCCUCUCAGAGGAAGGCCGGAGCCUCGCUAACAGGCCGCCACCCUGUGCCUUUGGCACACUGAACAAGUUUGCGGCCACCCGCAGCUGCACCAUCUGCACCCUGAUGCAGUCCAGAGGCGAAUACAAGGGACACAGUUACGCCCACUUCCUGUCCAGGAAGGCCGAGCAGGACAUCACGAAUCUGGAUAGCCAGAGUCCGGACUGAAGGCCACAUCUCAUACACAAGUUCUUUCUGAGUAGCCAAUAGUCAGCAGCUUUGGCCCGGAGACCCGGAAGACCCCCAUAGGAUGGCCCACUUUUGUGAUUCCCUGCAGGCAAGAAUGGACCAUGGACAAUUCUCUGUGCGCUCAGCAUUGUCUGGGAACACUUUCUUCCGGGAAGUGGGACCCAGAAGCUGUGCUGGGGUCGGCACUGGAAUGGGGUUAGGAGGUCAGGCUUCAUCGAGUGAACCUGGAGGCUCUCCCCUCUGCAUCCCAUCCCCCCACCCUCAACUCCCUCAUCCCUCAUGACUGACAUCUGCCAAAUCCAUGAGUCUUAGCUGGUGUGUGUGUAUAUAUGUCUGCUUAUCUGCCUGCCUGCCUGCCCGCCUGUCUGUCUCUGUGUGUCACUGGGUGGAGGGAGGUAGUGUAGGUCAGAGGUCAAUCCCCGGUAUCCCGCCUCCAGUUCGAUCUGCCUUGUUUUUUGAGACUCACCCAAGCAGGUUUGUCUGAGGUUGAGAGUCCAAGGGAUCUGCCUGGUUCAGCGCUGACAUCACCCAAACUUAGGCCACCACACCCCACCAUAAAUGAGUCUUCAUUUUGAAAAAUAGUUUUUAAAUUCAGUUUCCAGCUGGAAAACACACAUGCAUUCAAAUAGCUGUAGCUGUGUCUCUGCCACGUCACUCCCGAUCUCCCGGGAUUAAAGGCAUGUGCCACCACCGCCCAGUUAAUUAUUUUAUCGUAUUGAGAAAGGUCUCACUCUGUGGCCCAGGUGAGCAUCUCUCUACCCCAACCCCACCCUAGUCUCUUGAGUACUGAGACUACAGCUGUGUGCCACCACACCUGGGCUACUUUACAUGGUCACAGCUGGGUAGAUUUCAGAAAGUCGAAGAGGGCUUCAAGCUGGACUGCCCCAGAUGCUGCACAGAUGUGCACUGCCCCAAAGCCUCUUGCCCUAAGACAUGCAGCCUUCAUCCUGUCUGUGCUGGAUGGUUGUGUGUCAACUUGACACAAGCUGGAGUUAUCACAGAGAAAGGAGCCUCUGUUGAGGAAAUGCCUCCAUGAGAUCCAGCUGUAAGGCAUUUUCUCAACUAGUGAUCAAGGGGGGAGGGCCCAGCCCAGUGUGGGUGGGGCCAUCCUUGGGCUGGUGGUCCUGGGUUCUACAAGAAGGUAGGCUGAGCAAGCCACGGGGAGCAAGCCAGUAAGUAGCCCCGCUCUGUGGUGUCUGCUUCAGCUCCUGCCUCCAGGUUCCUGCCCUGUGUGAGUUCCUGUCCUGACUUCCUUUGGUGAUGAACCUCGAUUUGGAAGUGUAAGCAGGUUAAACCCUUUCCUCUCAAUUUACAUUUUGGUCACAGUGUUGGGUUAGAAACCCUGACUAAGACACCAUUAUCACUGAUGGCUGGGACGUGUUUGGCCCUCUUGUGGAUGUGUCUAUCUGCACAAUUGUGAGAUGUGGCCAGUGACAUAGAUACGCAUAUUCGUCACACGUCCAUACCCACACACAGGAGCUGGGGCCAUUGACUCCCUGGGCUAUUGGCAGGAAAGUGUGACCAUGGGGGAGGGUAUCAAAGCCUGGGUGGCAGAGUGAGUCUCGUAAGCCUUGGAGACUAUUGGUGGCCACAGCAGGCUCAUGGCACCUGGGCUGAAUGGCUUCAUUCAUGGCAGCUGAAUGGAGGUAGGAAGGCCUGGCUCUCAGGUGGAGGCAGUCUCAAGCGAAGGCAUCCUUUCAGGAAGUUCAACUAAAAUCCUCCCUUUAUUUAUUUAUUUUUAAUUCCAUCAAGGUGUCUCUUACUGGCACUUGAUCUCCUUAUAGAUUUAUUUUAGGUAGUAUUCUUGGGUGUGGCAUGGACGUGCAAGAGCCAAAGCUUUGAGUGACUUUUCAAAAGAUGGUGUUGUGUGCAUUGGUGGGUUAUUUUUGUUUGUUUGUUUGUUUGUUUGUUUUUGCCUGCGUGUGUAUCUGUGUGUGGGUGUCAGACUCCUGGAAUUGGAGUUACAAGAAAUUACUGUAAUGUGGAUGCUGGGAAUUGAACCUGGGGCCUCUGGAAGAGCAGUCAAUGCCCUCUUAUCCACUGAGCCAUCUCUCCAGCCCCGGGAACUAAAUUUUUGAAACAAGGGUCAGGAGCCUUUUGUACAUAGUUUAUUUUAUUAUUAGCAAAUCAGUCUUCUACAUAGUUCAGGUUAGUUACCACACCCAACUGUACAUAGUUUCUUUUAUUUAUAUAUAAAUUAUGUUUUCAUUUUAAAUUAUGUGGGUUGGUAUGAGUGCAGUAUCCACGGAAGCCAGAAGAGGGUGCUGUAUCUCAUGGCGCUGGAUGGUUGUAAGCUGCCUGCUGGGAACAGGGCUUGUUUUACCACUGAGUGCUCGCUCCAAACCUUGGACAUUGUCUCUUAUCUGUAAGAACGACUAUCCAGGCUGUAGAAUAUUUGUUAUGAGUUCCCGAUGCUGGCAUCCAAGUCUGGUUUUUAUACUGUGUUGUUUGAACCAAUAAAGACACUGACUCAAAGUGUGAACCGGAUCUUUUCAGGGAAGCUAGGUCAUCUUGCUCCACCCAGUGGAGACAAAAUGGCUGCCCCCGUGUUCCAUCUAGAAGAGACCAGAUGGCCGCCACCAGCCCCCAUCCAGGACAGUCCGAGCUAGUGGGGCCAGCCUCCCUGUCCCUGUCCUGGGUUCUCUCUGGCUCAACUUUAGAGUGACACCAUGCUGACACAGUAAUAAAAGGGGUGCUAGGUUGGGUGGUCAUGAGCUCAGGGCUUCCCAUCCGAUCCCAGGCGGGUAAUGUCAGAAAUGAGAUAUUGCUGUCCUAACCUGACUCCUGAGGCAGAGAGAGGCUGGGUCAGCCAUCGUUCUUUUUGAUUACUUGAUGAAGCUGGUGUGACUUAGCACAGGUGUGGAGAAAGGGUUUGAGGCCGCUCUCUGCUAUGUGUCUGAAUGGGAAAAGGACGGCAUGGUUGAGGGGACGUUUACUGUAGAUAUGAAUGACAGAGAAGCCAGAGGCAUCUGGGAGAGUCCAGACUGCACAUGGCUAGCAGACUGACGCAGACCAUGAGAUGGCGGUGGGAAUCCAUAGAGGAAGGAGGGGCUGUGGACCAAAAGAGAGGCCACAUAGCCAAAAUGGCUGGUUAUAUAUACAGGAAUGGGAGAAUCUGGGGUAAGGGGAAGAAAGCUCUGGCGUUGGAGAGAAUGCGGGUAGGGGGGCGGGGCAUGCCAGGCAGGACGAGUCUGUAACAGGCACUUGUGAGUAUGGACUGAGCCAGAGUCUGCCUUGGUGUGUUAAAUAGGCACCUCAGCCAUUUGUCCCGGGUUUCUCUGAGACCUCACAAUAUCCAGUUUGAAUUCAGCCUGGGUUGUAAGGGUUCAGCAUGUGGGAAGCUACAUACGCCAUUACAAGAUGGCGCUGGCUACCGCUGGCCACCGCCCAUAAGUUCGGGUAAACAACCAAUGUGCGCAUGUGCAUAAGGGUUUUGCGCCACGUCACAGCCCAUCCUGGGGAAUGUAAAUGAGACACUGAAACACAACCAAUCAAGUAUAGGCCACUCCUAGGCCUAUACAAGCAGCGCCAGUUCUGGGCUGGGGACUUUUGCCUUCUCUAUCAAGCUCUCCCAAUAAACGUGUGCAGAAUAA